AGAGACUCCGCUCCCAUCCCUUCAUUUCUAUUUCCUCCUCCCUCCCCUUCCCUCUUCUCGCGAGACAUCGGCCCCUCUUCUUCCUUUUACCCGACGCCGCCAGCAUGCCAUCCCGACUGAGGAAGACCAGGAAGCUGAGGGGACACGUCAGCCACGGCCACGGUCGCAUCGGCAAGCACAGGAAGCAUCCCGGUGGCCGUGGCAAUGCUGGGGGCAUGCACCACCACAGGAUUAACUUUGACAAAUAUCAUCCUGGUUAUUUUGGGAAAGUUGGUAUGAGACACUACCACUUGAAGAAGAACCAGAAUUUCUGCCCUACUGUUAAUCUGGAUAAACUGUGGACACUUGUUAGUGAACAGACAAGACUCAACUAUGCAAAAAAUCAGGCUGGAUUAGCACCUGUCAUUGAUGUUGUACGCUCGGGUUAUUACAAAGUCCUGGGCAAAGGGAAGCUGCCCAAACAGCCUGUAAUUGUGAAAGCAAAAUUCUUCAGCAGGAAAGCAGAGGAGAAGAUCAAAGAAGUUGGUGGAGCCUGUGUGCUUGUGGCAUAAAGGAUUUUUUCAUCAAGUUUGAAUAAAGACUGUAUCAAAUGUCUGAAGUUAUUUUUUUAAAGUUACUUUCAAAACCAAAUCAUGAUUUUUGGGGGGAAGGUUAGAGGGUGGCUUAUGUGACUAUUACUGAGACCAGGGUCCUAUUACUGAGUACUCCACCACAACAAGCAACUAUUAAUUUAUGUAUGGGCUGUUUCUUAUGAAUGUCAGUCAGCAUCUUAGUGCAAUCUCUUCCUAUUUAACUGCUAAAAUAAACUUCAAGUCAAAGUGCAAUGUUAAAAACUGCCACAGUUAAGAUUAUGCCAUAGUGGAUUUACUUCUAAGCCUUUCUUCAAAUGUAACCUUUUGAAUACUGAGACCCUUUUGCGUUUUGGAACACAGUAUUGAAGCCUCCCUCAACUUUUGUUGAAAUAUUAAAUUACUUACCUUUGCUGUCCUGUAGGUUGAA